GAAGUUCGGACCGGGAGGUCUGGCGCCCAGUCGAGUGGCCCUGACGUUCAGUAUCCCUGCAACCGGAGAGCGCACGGAGGGUGGCGGGGCCGGGAGCAGGAAGAAUGGUAUAAAAAUGAAAAAACAAAAAAAUAAAAAUAAAAAAAAUGAAAAAACAUGUGCUUUGAAUAUGGCAAGAAAAGAAUAAGGGCUGCUGUCAUGAUUGCCUUAAGCUGGGACUUGAUGCUGGAAGGAAAGUUAGAUGUAAACUCUCAUUUCUUACUUCCAAUAAGCAUCUCUUCUUAGGAGCUGGAAAUUUCCCAAUAAAAGCUUAUGAUGUCGAAACUUCGAAAAGGUUAAAGAAGAGGAAAUAUGCUAGGUUUCCUCUUACCUCACUCUAGGAUGUUGCAGUUGGUGAUCUGUGUUCUCAUCUUCCCACUUUGGAAGGAUUCUCCUGAAGAAAAAUGUACUUAGAUCAACUCUGGCUUCUUCUCUAUACAAAGAACUCUUAAGGAUACUGGCAGAAAAGAAGCAAAUUAGACUGAAAGCUUAUCUGCAGCUCAGAAAAACAGAGACAUGGAGUUUUAAGGAGUGAAGGUAGCCUGGUGUCGGCCAUGGGUGAUCAAGACACAGCCAGACAAUGUGGAUCAAUUUCUUCAGACUGCGAUUUUUCUUCUGUCUGCUUGCAGUGUUGGUGGUGGUGGUGCUGGUUGUCAGUGUUACUCAGGUAGAGUACUUGGACCAUGAGACUGUUUCAGCCACAUUCAUCGAUAGUAGUGGACAGUUUGUUUCCUCCCAGGUGACAGGAAUUAGCAGGAAUCCUUACUGUGGCUAUGAUCAGCAGACUCUGUCCAGCCAGGAACGCAUGGAAGAGGACUCAUUGCUGGCCGCCUUCCAGUGGCAGGUGCCUGACGUGGGCCCAGUCCCCUUUCUGAAGAGCACUGACCCUUCUUCCAGCUACUUCGUCAUCUUGAACUCCGCAGCAUUCUUCAAGGUGGGAAGCCAGUUAGAGGUGCUGGUUCAUGUACAGGAUUUUCAGAGAAAGCCCAAGAACUAUGGUGGAGAUUACCUGCAGGCCAGAAUCCACUCCCCUAUGCUGCAGGCAGGGGCGGUGGGCAGAGUGGUAGACUACCAGAAUGGCUUUUACAGGGUCUUCUUUACUUUGCUCUGGCCAGGCAAAGUUAAAGUGUCCAUAUCUCUGGUCCACCCCAGUGAAGGGAUCAGAGUUCUUCAGCACCUACAGGAAGAGAAACCAGAUCGGGUCUAUUUCAAGAGUCUCUUCCGUUCAGGAAGAAUUUCUGAAACCACCGAGUGCAACGUGUGUCUUUCUGGGAGUCUGCCCUUAUGUAACUUUACAGAUCUCUACACUGGAGAACCCUGGUUCUGCUUCAAACCAAAGAAACUCCCUUGCAGCAGCAGAAUUAACCAUUUCAAAGGUGGAUAUCUGAAGGGCCUUCUAACUGCUGCAGAGAAUGCUUUCUUUCAGAGUGGUGUCAAUAUCAAAGUGCCAAUCAACUCAAGUGGACCCGAUUGGGUAACUGUGAUUCCUGGGAGAACAAAAGAAACUAUCAACUUAGGACUAUCUCAAGGCACAGGAACUUUUCCUUCUGGGUAUUAUUACAAAGAUCAGUGGAGGCCCAGAAAGUUUAAGAUACGCCAGUUUAAUGACCCUGAUAACAUUACAGAAUGCUUACAAAGAAAAAUGGUAUAUUUAUUUGGUGACUCAACAAUCAGGCAAUGGUUUGAAUACCUUACUGCAUUUGUUCCAGAUUUAGUGGAGUUUAACUUGGGUAGUCCCAAGAAUGUGGGUCCCUUCCUUGCAGUGGACCAGAAACACAAUAUCCUGCUCAAAUACCGCUGCCAUGGUCCACCCAUCCGCUUCACGACCGUCUUUAGCAGUGAGCUUCGUUACGUGGCCAAUGAGCUGAAUGGCAUUGUGGGAGGGAAGAACACAGUGGUUGCCAUAGCCGUCUGGUCUCACUUCAGCACCUUCCCCUUGGAAGUGUACAUCCGGCGUCUCAGGAACAUCCGGAGGGCAGUGGUCCAGCUUCUGGACCGAAGCCCGAAGACUGUGGUCGUCAUCCGGACAGCCAACGUGCAGGAGCUGGGGCCCGAGGUGAGCCUUUUCAACAGCGACUGGUACAACUUUCAGCUGGACACAGUCCUUCGGAAGAUGUUCUCAGGGGUCGGUGUCUAUCUUGUGGAUGCCUGGGAGAUGACCCUGGCCCAUCAUCUACCCCACAAACUACAUCCAGAUGAAGUUAUUGUGAAGAACCAGCUGGACAUGUUCUUGUCUUUUGUGUGCCCCUUGGAGACCUAGCCUGCCCUGGAGAGGACUGGAGGAGUCACAUUCAGUGACCUUCUCCAUCACCUGCACUACAGAAGGUUUUUUGGGUGCCAUUGAUAUGUAUGCAAUUUCCGAAAGUACAGGACUUUCUAUUAUGACUUACAAGAAGUUUAGAAAAUUCAGGUUAUGUUUGUAUCUACCUAUAGAAUUUUUUCCAAUUUUGACAUAGCCAUGGGAGGAUCCUUAUUAGCAGCUUCUACGCACUGUAUUGCCCUUGUAACCAAAGAUGCUAAUGAGUAUGUUUGAACUAGCUUCUCUUGGGAGGGGAUAUUACUGUGUCAAAAAAAGUUCUGACCUAAAUGGAAGGGACAAGUUUGGUUGGGAGUGGAGUGUUUUCGCAGCUUAUCUGGUAAAGGAAAUUGAUCACAUCUGCAUGAAUGGCACAGUUGGGCCAUCUUCAGUGGUGAGGUGAACUAAAGAGGCUUAUAGUCAAGGGACUCCUGUAACACGGUGAAGACUGUUGUGUCUCAGGAGUUUCUCUUGAAACUUCUGAAUUAACUGAAAAGGCUAAUGUCUUGGUCAGAAUUUUCUAGUGAGAAUAAAUACAAUGUCCUGUUUUAAUCUGGAAAAGAAGCAAAGGGAAAAUGUGAAGGCAAUAUAUAUAAAAAAUCUGUGCAUUGAAUUAGUAUUUGCAUUGGGUGAUUAUUUGAUUCAGCUAAAUUUUACAUGAUGACAACUUACUCACUUUUGGAGCUGGAAGGGGGAAAUCUAUAAGUAGAAGAUUUAUUUUUGUGUUCUGAACUUUGAGUGUUUUACCUAUUGACUUUAAUGUAAAGAAUGCUAUUGUUUAUUAUAAAGUUGCAGAAAUUAUUUCUAUCAAGUGUUUCAUUUUUGGUUGUUAUUUUGAAUUGUAUACCAAAAUUACAAGUUAACAUCUCACUAGAAAUUAAAGUUAGAUAUUGAAAUCUAUGAUAGGUAUUUUUUGGUUUGGGCAUAAGGUACUUAAGGUACCUAAUGCUUGGAAGUAAAAGCUGCUAUUCCUACUAGCUAUCUUAAAAUAAUUAAAUUGUCAAUUUGA